AAGCCCCUCCCCCGAACGGAAGUGACGUCGCCGCCUGCGAGGAACCUGAAAAGAGAUGGAUGCUUUUUUUUUUUCCCCGAGUAUAAUCUUCGUGUUUCACAAAUAUUAACUAUUAGGAAUAUACAUUUGUUUUGUUGUUUUUUUUUAAAUCACAAUUUGGCUUAACAUGGCGUGUGUUUCCUUCCAAAGCCAGCUGUCGUCCAUCCUGGAGGUUCUGGUGAAAGCCGCGGUGUCAGAAAUCAGCAAACUAGUGGAUGACAAUAGUGCCUUCUUGCAGCUGGAGAUCUCCCAGAAGCAAAACGAGAAUGAAGCGCUGAAGAGGAAAGUGCUUAUGGUGGAGAAUAAAAACGCUCAGCUUCAGAGAGCCUUCGCAAACAUGAUGCACAAAGGAAGCGACGCUGCAAAUGUUCCACAUGCCACAGAGAUCAAGCGUCCUGUACUGGAAGACGCCGCCAUCUCCUUUGCGAUCAAGGAAGAGAGUUUGGAUGAGGUGCUGUGGAUCAAUAAUCCCACCGGGGCCGGUGCGGCGUUGCACUACCAGAAUGCUGACGAGGGUCCGAGGUUCGAGGAGGAGCGCCACUUGGCUCACACCGACGUCUCAGGGAAGAAGACCUUGGACUUUGUAGACGCCUUCGUCUCAAGUGAGCAGGUAGGCGAGGUAAGCGGACUCUCGUUGCUGGUCAAGACGGAGAAAGCGGAGGGCGGGUGCAAGCUGGGCGCGGCCAAAGAGAACCAACUUCCCGACUUGUCUUUGGAUGAGAGGGACACCCAGCUGUGGUCGUCCAUCAUCGAAGGCGGCGACAUCGACUCCAGUUUCCCGGACUUUUCCAGCGUGGUCGACGAGUAUUCCGAAUCUUUCCCGGAGCAGUCGAACGCUCGCGUCGUUUCUGGCAAAUCAGCAUCUGUCCAGCCGCCUUCCUCCCAGAGGUCUUGCAAUGGCGUUUACAACAGCGACUACAAGGACCCGCAGUUGUCCGGUUUUCAGCCCAGACCCCCGCCUACAGCCUCGCAGGCGGACAGGCACAAGGAUCCGGUCUACAUGCAGAGGAACCACUCCCAUGGACUUCUAAGGUGCAGCCAAAACGGGGGCGGAGACGGACCGACCGCAACGGCGUCGCACAGCACCUUUACACCGGCCGGCCACCAUUCCGACCUCACCCACCGGCCGUUCUCGGUCGGGGGGCGGGGCUUCGUGUGCUCGCAUUGCGGCAAGACGUUCGCCCGCCUCCACCAGUUCAAGCUGCACCAGCAGACCCACAAGAGGAAGCGAGCCUUCUGGUGCACGGUGUGCGGCAAGGGCUUCCAGUGCUCGUCGCACCUCAGCAUCCACCACCGCACGCACACGGGCGAGAAGCCCUACUGCUGCCUGCAGUGCGGCAAGAGGUUCACGCAGCAGAGCAGCCUGAGGGUCCACCAGCGCACGCACAGCGGCGAGCGGCCGUACAACUGCGCCGAGUGCGGCAAGACCUUCAUCCUCAUGCACCACCUGAAGCGCCACUGCGUCAUUCAUACGUACGGCUGAGGCUGGCCGCAGGGGGCGCCAGAGCCAGCCUUUUUUUGCUUUGCUCGUCUUUGGAGAGCAUUCAAGUUUUUUACUGACUAUGCAAAAAAAAACAACAACCUCCGUGUAGGAUUUUUAAAGUGGUUUGUUCCUUUUUAAAGACUUUUUCAAAGGAUUUUACGGCGUUUCCACUAGAGAUGUCCGAUAAUAUCGGGCUGCCGAUGUUAUCGGCCGAUAAAUGCUUUAAAAUGUAAUAUCGGAAAUCAUCGGUAUCGGUUUCGAAAAGUAAAAUGUAUGACUUUUUAAAACGCCGCUGUACGUAGUGGUACACGGACGUAGGGUGAAGUACAGAGCGCCAAUAAACCUUAAAGGCACUACCUUUGCGUGCCGGCCCAAUCGUAUAAUACCUACGGCUUUUCACCCACACAAGUGAAUGCAAAGCUUACUUGGUCAACAGCCAUACAUGUCACACUGAGGGUGGCCGUACAAACAACUUUAACACUGUUACAAAUAUGCCCCGGCUUCACGGUAGAAGAGGGGUUAGUGCGUCUGCCUCACAAUACGAAGUUCCUGCAGUCCUGGGUUCAAAUCCAGGCUCGGGAUCUUUCUGUGUAGAGUUUGCAUGUUCUCCCCGUGAAUGCGUGGGUUCCCUCCGGGUACUCCGGCUUCCUCCCACUUCCAAAGACAUGCACCUGGGGAUAGGUUGAUUGGCAACACUAAAUUGGCCCUAGUGUGUGAAUGUUGUCUGUCUAUCUGUGUUGGCCCUGCGAUGAGGUGGCGACUUGUCCAGGGUGUACCCCGCCUUCCGCCCGAUUGUAGCUGAGAUAGGCGCCAGCGCCCCCCGCGACCCCAAAAGGGAAUAAGCGGUAGAAAAUGGAUGGAUGGACAAAUAUGCCCCACACUGUGAACCCACACCAAACAAGAAUGACUAACACAUUUCGGGAGAACAUCCACACCGUAACACAACGUAAACACAACAGAACAAACCUCAAGAACCCCUUGCAGCACUAACACUCCCUCCCUCGCUCCAACCCCGCCCACCUCAACCUCCUCAUGCUCUCUCAGGGAGAGCAUGUCCCUAAAAAUGCACUUUGUGACUUCAAAUAUAAAUAUGGCAGUGCCACUUUGGCAUUUUUUCCCCCAUAACUUGAGUUGAUUUAUUUUGGAAAACCUUGUUACAUUUUUUAAUGCAUCCAGCGGGGCAUCACAACAAUAUUAAGCAUAAUAAUGUGUUCAUUCCACGACUUUAUAAAACGGUAUCGGUUGAUAUCGGUAAUUAAGAGUUGGACAAUAUCGGAUAUCGUCAAAAAAGCCAUUAUCGGACAUCUCUAGUUUCCACCAAACGGUACUGUCCGGCUUAGUACAUUUUCAUUGUCAAAAGUAGUUAUUACUACCAAAAUAGCACCUUUGACACUCUUCUUUCUGGUUUAAAUAUAACUGAGAUAUUGGGUGUCACUAUGUAAAGCGCUUUGAGUCACUUGAGAAAAGCGCUAUAUAAAUAUAAUUCACUUCACUUCCUUUGGAGUACCAGGCCCUCCUAAAGAGGUGAGGCCAGACAGUGCUGGACAAAGAACGGUCACUUCAGGAAUGGGAAGAACAGGAAAAAUGAAGACUUGAUUGGCGCCUCUUACACAGUGUGUCCACGCUAUGUUAUCACUCUGCUCUUCGUGCAGCUUAUAAGGAUUUACAUUUUAAAACCUACAACGGGACUUGACUUCUUAACGGAAACGUGGAUUCAGAGAUGCUUGUAACUCCCCCUCCCAACCCAGCCGUCACAUCAGAAGAUACCACGUUGUCCAACACAGCAGAAACCUGCAUGACUCGGACUCUUUUUCUAUUGGACUUUGUGUGUUCAUUUAUUAUUAAAUUAUUGUUCAAAACAACA